CCAUUUCUACUGAGAAUAGAAUCAGAUUUACCUAACGCAGCUUCCAAGAUGGACCAGCAACAGACACUUCCAGUGACCUUGCCCUCUGCCCUCAGUCAAGAGCCUCUCAAACUUGAUUGCCCGCCAAUAGAUAUCCAAAAGGAACAAGAGCAACAACCAACUCCACUCCCUGCCCCAUGUGAGACAGUGGUCUCUGAGACCCCUAAGGAAGCCAUUAUUCAGCAUGAGGAAAUGCACACACAUCUUGAGAAAGGGAUGCCAGAGCAAGAGUGUGAGCCAGAGCGAGAAGAAAAGCAGCAUCAAGAAGAGCAUUUGGAUAAACAACAGCAAGACUCACAGGAGCAGAAAGAGUGCCUGGAAAAGUCACAACAGCAAGAUAAACAGGAGCAGAAAGAGUUCCUGGAACAACCUCAACAGCAAGAUUCGCAGAAGCUAGAAGAGUGCCUGGAAAAGCAGCAGCAGAAAGAAUUGCAAAAGCAGGAAACGUGCCUGGAAAAACAGCAGAUACAAGAAUCAGAAAAGCAGGAACAGUUCCUAGAAUCACAGCAGCUACAGCAGCAGAAAAAAGAAUCACAGGAACUGGAGCAACAACAGGAGCAGGGAAAAGAGCAACCAAAACAGGAGCAGCAUGAAGCAGCAAGCUUGGAGCAGCAGCUGGAACAGAAAGAACAACAAACGGAAAAGGAGAAAGAAGAAGAAAAGGAAAAGGAGAAGAUUUUGACUCAACAAUUGGUAAGUGAAGUAGAAAAGGAGGAGGAACACCUAGAAAAGAGUGAACAGCUGCUGGAACAUCAGGAGAAGCAGCCAGAGCAGAAUGAAUCUGCCCCAAUUCUGGGACCAUCUCAAGAGACCCAGACAGUGCAAACUCCUAAAGAAGAAGUCUUGUUACCUGAAGAACAGCAGCAGCAACAGAAACAAGAGAUGGAGUGUCCCCCCAAACAAAUCUAG